AUGAGCACCAUCAUCAGAGGCACCUACUGGCAGCAGCAGAACAUUCUUCCCAGUGACCUCCUACAAGAGAAGAGCUUUUUAGCAAUGUUGGCAUUAUUCAAGACAACCUUUAUAGGUCUGGGAUCAGAGGCCUCACAAUCUAAUUUGCCUAAUCGCAUGGUCAGAGUUAUGAAGUACAAGGACAAAUUAGAUAAAGAUAUUCAAUCAUGGUGGGAAGUGCCCAGUAUUGCCCAUUUUUGUUCUUUGUUCAGAGCAGCUUUCAAUCUUCUAGAUUUUGACAUCGAGGAAUUAGAGGAGGCUUUGCUAACAGAUGGAACUGAAGAUUCUGGCAGCUCUUUGUUGCAGGAGUUAAUUGUGAGAUUGUUAUGUGGCUGCUUGGGAAAUCAUGACAUUUCAACAUUCAACUAUCAAAUGUUCUUGCGACGGCUUUUUCGACAAAAGUGUCAGGAAUAUGGUCGUGACAACCCAUUUAACACAGAUAUGGACUUUCAGUUUUUACCAUUACGGACUAAAGUGGAAAUUCUCCAUGCUUUAUGUGACUUUCGUUUGGAUGCUGAUGAUGUUCAAGACCUCUUGAAGAACCUGGAAGCAGAUAGCCUUCGAGUAGAACCAUUAGGACACGAUGAAAAUCGUUCAGCGUAUUGGUAUUUUUAUGGUACAAGAUUAUAUAGAGAAGAUUAUCCAAGACCGGCUACAGAUCCAGGACCAUCAACAUCAGGAUCGUCAAAAAAGAAAACAAAGGAAAAACGCAGAAAAGGAAAAGAAGAGAAAAAACGCAAAAAACAUGGUAGACCGCCUUUGACACUGGAAAACGAAGAAAGAGGUACAGGAGUGUGGCAAGUGGUAUGCUUCACAGAAGAAGAUUGGGAUAAAAUUACAUUAGGGUUUAAAGACUCUAGAUCAAAAGCCGAGAAAGAAUUGUAUCAUACACUUUCUGAAGAUUUUCUUCCCGAGAUACCACGUUUAUUUGCCGAAAAGGAGCGUCUUCAAAGGAAAAGGUUGUUGGAGUAUCAACCUCGGCGCCAGUCAAGUAGACUAGAAAAAUUAAAACAACAGAAGGAAGAAGAAGAAAGCUUACAGAAAUCCAUUGAAAAGGAGGAGAAAGAACGGAAAGACCGUCGUAAACAAGAGCAAGAGAAGAAAGACAAAUUGCGACAAUCUCGAACUGUGAAAGAGAGUAGGGCAAGUCGUGCUCGUAUUAGAUCCCAGUCAAGAACCAAUUCAGAAUGUGGCAGUACUGGAAGUUUAGUGGAAUCUAUUUGUGAAAGCAGAUCUGGCCAAAGUACUGGGUUUGUUGGAAGACAGACAAACAAUUCCUUAUCAUCUGCAACUGGGCAAAUAGUCAUUCAAGGAUUGAGACGCAAACUUCGUAGUUCCCAAGUGAACAAAAAUUCAGUGAAAAAUGUUUUCCUGGAUAGUGUUUUGUGUUCUAAUUUCAGACAAACCGAAGAAGAUCUUCAAACCGGAAUGUACAAAAUACUUGAAUUCAUAAAAAACCAUGAGGAUGCUUGGCCUUUCUUGGAACCAGUUGAUGAACAGUAUGCACCACGAUAUUAUUCAAUCAUUAACAAACCUAUGGAUCUUCAGAGAAUGGAAGAUAAAUUAGAUGAAGGAGAAUACAUGACUUUUUCUGAAUUUAAGUCUGAUUUUCAACUUAUUGUGGACAACUGUCGAAAAUACAAUGGCACUGAUAAUGAAUACACAGAAAUGGUGGGGAAUCUCCAACAAGCAUUUCAAUCAGCAGUUGAUAGGUACUUGGAGUCAGAACCUUCUUCUGAUGAAGAAAUAGCAGUUGAAUUUAUAGACAAAGUACCAGACAAGCCUCCCAGUCAGCGGCCUCCGACAAGGAAGAAAAAAGAAAUUGUAACCGUUGAAGAAGAACCUUUGAGGAGUCCCAGUUUACCACCAAGCCUCCCAUCAUCUCCAUCCAGCGAUGAAGACGAAAAGCUCCCUGAUAUGGAAAAGGACUCGGAAGAAAAAUCUGAAGCUGCUGUAGAAGCUCCAGAUUCUGAUUCUAGCAGCACACGAGAUGAGGGAGAGUCAAAAGGCCUUCCUAAUCAUAAUGGUACAAAAAGAAAGAAGAAAACUGGUACUAAAACUGCUCCAGAUAUUGAAGCUUUGGAGUUGGCUACAGAGCAAACUUUGAAGGAUAUAAACAAAUGGUUGGAUGACACACCGCGGUAUUCUGAAUUUUCAUCUGCAAGCAAUUCCCCCUCUCAUUUUAUUAGUACAGAAGAGUAUGAAGCAGGAUCCAGAGUUGACGGUGAAUAUCGCCGAAAUCUUAAAAUGGAAAAACCCUCACGCUCCAAGGACUCCAAGGACAACUCAAAAAGGAGGUCAAGUAAGGAUCCAAAUAAGCAGAUGCGGCGGCGUGAAGUCCAACGUACAAUUGAGAGACUCCAGCCAGGCAAGAGUAAGGGGAAUUUGAUUACCAACAUUCAGAAUGCAGGGAAAGUAUCAGAAGAAGGACCCCCUGGGAAACCAAAGGAUACUCGUGGUAUUUUAUUCCCAGUUCCAGAUGAAGCUACUCCCAAAUUAAGUCUUGGGACAGUUUUAGGUACAGAUGUCUUAGGUUUUGGUGUAGGCCAAAGCAAGCACAAUUUUGAUGCAGAAACCAAAGAAGAAGUCAAAUCAGUAUUGGUACCUGAAGAACCACCAAAACCUGUUCUCGAUGUGAGACCAAAGACUCCUGAGUCUCCUUUGGAAUGUGAAAACACAGAAGAAAGUACUGAGAAAAAAGAGAAGGAAGAAAUAGAUGUGAAAACUGUUAAUAAAGAUUGCCGACAGGAGAAAGCUAUGCCUAAUUUAAGUGCUUGGUUUAAAGCUUUUGGGGCACCAAAAUCAACAUCUACCACAAAAAAGAGACCAGAAUCUCUUCAGGAUGGAGCAUCUAGUGAUAUCAUUAAUAUAGAAGAACGGAGAGAUGUUACUAGUAUUUUCGCCAUUGAAUCAACAACUGAUAAAAAUAUUCCUGCAGAAGUACAUUCAGUAAUUGUUCAUGAUGUUUCUCGACAACCUGUUGUAGUUGAUUCAAGAUUACAAGAAGCAGAUUCACGAUGUUCACUCCAACAGAAAGGAAAUGGAGAUGAUGUGUCAAGUCCUAUUCAAGUAAAUAGCAAUCAGCAAGGUACUCCACGUCAGAGAAAAGUUAGCACAGGAAGUACUGUUUCUGAACGAUCAUCUUUCAGCCAAGAUUUGAUGGAUCCGGUUGAUGGUUCUUCUCCAAGAUUGAGUUUAGAUGAGCGUCUGGGAAGUUACUCUGCACCUUAUCCAUCUCCAAUUCAUCAGUCACCUAUGGCAGCAUCUCCUGUUAUAUCAUCCCCAAGGUCCGAAGAAGGACCAAAAUUUGCUUCUUAUCCCCCAUUAAAUGGGACUAUUCGUGUUGGUUUUUAUCAAGAUACAUCAUUUUCACUACAGAAAAGCAGUCCUGAGAAGACAUGUAAUAGUAGCCAUAGUCCAAAAGAGCAAACACGUGGUGCAUUUCCUACCUACAGUCCUCGAAUGUACCCUCCUCAUGAUCCAGGAGGCUUCUUAACGUAUCAGAAUCACCUGUCAGGUCCGCCAACACCAACUUCAGAUGCUGCUUAUGAAAAUUCAUCAUAUUCAGGACCACUCAUGACAUACUAUGAUACAAGUAAACCAUUGACAGAUCAGUACAGAGCUGCAAGAACCCAGGAAUCUGAUGCGUAUUCUCCAAACAGCCCAACUUCUGCAGAAGUUGCUACUCCAGUGUCAACUUGUUCUAGUCCUCAGACCUCUGUAGAAGUAACUUCAACAAUUUCAACAGUAACAACAUUCGCAGGAACAGUAUCAACUUCUGUAAUAGCAACCACAGCUACUGCAGCAGCAGCAGCUGCAGCUGCAGCUGCAGCUGCAGCUGCAAGUGCAGCUACAGCAGCAGCAGGAGGAGGCGCAGCAGCGACACCAUCUACAACCUCUUCACAAAAAUCAUCAGUGAACAUUUUUCCUGUGAAGAAACGACUUUACAGUGAAAUAGAAUUGGGCAGUUCUUCACAACCAUCUAAUAGAUAUCAAUCACCGUCAAUUGUCCCCCAACUCUCGCCCCCUCCAGCACAUUCACAGAGCGCAACUCGAGUGCUCCCUCCAGAAAAUUUAAUUAUUAUUGAUAAUGCACAUCACAACAGAUCUGUUUGUUCUCCACUUGAAGUUUCUGAUAAAAUUGUAGUACCUGCAUGCGAAAAGAUAUACCAUGCAAGAAAAUCUGCUAUAAGCGAACCUGUAAUAAAAAAAUCAGAACAUUCUGUGCAUAUGUCAAAGAAACAUCAGAGCUUCAGAACAUUGCAGACCAACACAAAUAGCUCUCUUGAAAAUGCAGACAGGCUCCAACAGUCGUCUCCAGAGAUUCUUAUAGAAUAUUCAAAGUGUAACCCAUCUGUCCUGCCCAGUCCAUCACCUUUAAAGGAGUCAGUAGCACAAACACCACAGAUCCAAUUUGUGCCUCGGCAAAGUUCUGGAAAAAAACACAGCACAUUGGAGAACUCUGAUAAUCUCUCUUCUCCUAAUGAUGAAGGCUUAAAGCCUGUAAGAAUUCAACACACUUCUGUGCCUGUUAUUACAUCUGCACACAUUGUUAAUCAUCAGUCACGCCAAGAGUACUCGGCAAAAUUGGAAGGGCAACAAGUCACAGAGAAAUCUCAGCCAAUUGCAUCUGCAUCUGACAUUGUACAGUCUGUGACGGAACCGUGUGUUGAAAGCUUACGCCCUGGAAGAUUACAUGCAACAAGUAUUACUUCUACAAGUCCUAGCUCUGUACCUGAACGAUUAAAAUCAAAUACAAAUGCACCCUUACAUGGAAAUGACAUAAGUUACCACAGAGGACCAUUCUCACCAGUACCACCAACUUCUAUAGGAAUGGAACAUUUGGCUUUGCAUGGAAAUUUGAGCAAUUUGUCACAUGUAAUUGAUAGAUAUCCAGCUAGUGAAAGAUUACUUCCUGGAUUGGCAUCUCCAUCUUCACCAUUUUUUGGAGAAAAAGGACUGAAUUCUCAAUACGUAUUCAGACCUGCUGUUCCAAACACAUUACAACCUUCGGUAUCUUCAUCAUCAUCUUCAACAUCAGCAGCAUCACCAUCAUCUGCUAUGGCUCUUUUGACACAACCAUCACCUCCUGUUAUGACUAUAGCAUAUAAUCAUGAAAGUCAGAUAUCACCAUCAUCCAUUCCUUUUAACAGAUCUGUGGCCGAAUUACCGUCAGUAUUACCAAACAAAGUAUCUAAUAUUCAAGCUCCAUACAGUAGAACAGUUCAAGAUCUUUCUACUAUUCUUCCUGCAAAGAGUUCCUCUCCAAUCAGUUCCACAUCACCAUUUAAUAGGAGUAUGUCUGAAUUAGCAACUAUUCAUUCAACAAAAGCAUCAACUCUUAAUGCCCAGGCAGCUUACAGAUCUGUUAAUGAGUUAUCAUCAGUACUACCAACCAAAGUGGCAACUCCGGUAGAUCUUAAAUCAUACAAUCAGUCAGUGGCAGAUUUAUCCACAACAUUACCUAACAAAGUUGCUGUUUCACCGACAAUUGGUGUUCCUACAUCUUACAGUCGAUCAUCUGAUUAUACCCACUUGACUAGUAAAACUUCAGAUCCUCAGCCAACUCCAAAACCAUCACGCAAACGUAAAAGCAAGCAAACUGCAGUGAUUAACAAUGAAGUUCCUGUAGUCACUACUGCACCAACUUCAACUGCUUUCCAACAGUACAUAGGCUUGAGCACAAGUCCUAAUGCAUCAGAGCCAUCGGCUAUUGCCCUGAAGACAGCUACUGUUUUAACUGGAAGUGCCUUUAAUUUUGGCUCUGCUCAUUCAGGAUUGGGAUUAUAUAGUACUGAGAAAGAUGGCUAUCCGGCUUAUCUUGAAGAUUAUCGGACAGCUCCAUCAAGUUACUACAUACCUGCUCCAGACCCAAAUCAUGACAAAAUCAAUCCAAAUUCUCAUCCAUCUGCUCCUACCCCAUCUUUACCAUUUCCUUUCUCAAGUCAUUCCCGCCCUCCUUAUGCACUUGCCCAAGCAUUUAUAAAUCAUCAGACAGGAUUAGUAGAUCCUUCUGGCUCUGCACCACCUUUGUAUCAACAGUAUCUUCAUCGGCAUCCUGAGGAACUGCUGCGUCAUUCGGGAACACCAAUGGUAUUACAUCAAGGACUCUUGGCACCUCCUGCAAGUUAUUCUCCUGGGUACCACCCUGCACUUGGUAUUCGACAGCCUUAUGAUACCUUAAACCGGCCUACAUGGCUUUGAUAUGUUGAGGAUUCAUUAGGUUGAGGGAGUAUCUUUGUCCAUACUUCACAGUAUACUAUUGUUUUCUGAGUUGCUAUACCAAAGAUUACAUUACUACAAUUCUGUGUUUUCUAGAAUAGUUAAGUUUGUUUGUACUGGAACCAAGCUGCUUGCCGAGUAGAAAAAGCCAGCUUAAUUUGCUGUGAAAUUCAAAAAAUGAUAGUUGAAUUAUUUUGUCACAAUAAUCAGAAGACAUUUACAGUUUGCAGCUAUUUAAGAAUUUACUUGUGUGAACUGGAUAAUUAAUGGUUGCAGCUUUGAAUGUGAUUUCACCUAUUACUACUCCUAAGCUUUAAAAUUUGUGUGCAUGAUCACACUAUUUUAGCCUGAUUCGUAUUGACUGCUUUUAAGUGGUUCUAUUUUUGUAAUAAUUAUUAUAGUUUGAAAAAAUUCAUUCUGAAAAAGGGUUUUGGAUAGUAUUAUUGAUGCUCGGCAAUCAGUAACUUUUUUCAGAUUCGGGAACUAUGUAUAACUGUAUAAAUGGUUUUUGGUAUUUGUUCUUAUGACUGCAUCCAUCCCUAGUAUCCCAAAUCAUGUGAUUAAGCUUUCUCAGUGUACAAUGUGUGCAAUUGUUUGUGGUAUUGUUUUAAGCAGUGUUAUCAUGUUCUAUAUUUCAGCACUGUUUGCAAUGCUGAGAACUUAUCCUCCUUUUUGUUUUCUAAAAUUUUUCAAGCUUAUAUUAGAGUGAUAUAGUUGUUUUAAAACAAAAAAUUGAGAUUGAACUUAAAAUUAUGUUCAUCUUAAAUUGAAAAUAUGGCAUUGGAAGGGUUUGCAAUGUGUUGCAAAAAAUUACCUUCGGUAAAUUAAAGUUUUUAAUUAGAAUUUUACCUUUUUUAAGCCAGAGUGAUGAUAAUCCAGAACUGAUAAAAGCAGUCCUAAAUGCAAGUUUUAUCUCAAACGUGUGAAAGAAGGAUUUGUGCCAAUUCAAAUAUAUUUUUAUGUUUAUUUGCAAAUUCCACUUAGUUUAGUUUCUAGCUUUCGAUUGUUAGAAGAAAGCUAGCAACAUCUUUUAACCUCAGCAUCGGUAAGAAAUUUAUUUAUGGUUUUAAAUGAACAGAGUGAGAGGAUUUAUAGGAGUAGUGAAGAUUCCCACAAGAAAUGAAAACUCAAAUUCUUAAUAUGAUUUUUGUAUUUUGUGAAUGAUCUGAGAGAUGGUUGUCAUCUUGCAUUCAAGAGGAAAUUUGAUAUUUUUCAAAACUCUGGUCAGUGAAAUUUUUGUUUCUUACAAUUUUCUUUUCUCUCUCUUUGUAAAUACAAAAUUUAAAUUGUUGAUAAAUGAAUGUUCCCAUAUGUAUUUUGUACUGUACUAUUUCUUGAUGAUAUUCAUAAGUGGAAAACUUGAGAGAAUGAAUGUAUAGCGUUCUAAGCCAAUGUGGCUCUAAAAUUCAAGAAGGGGGAAAAAAGAAAAAAGAAAAAAAGAAAAGAAAGAAAGAAAGAAAAAAAACUAAGAAAAAACUCUUUUGAAGUUAAUACCUAGAUUUGAAGGCACCGAUUUUUGCUGAGCUAAUUUGAGUUUCAAAUUGCUGAUAAAAGUAUGAAAUGGUUGUAUUCCAACCAACAUGAGCAUAUUGUCUUAAAGGAUGAGUAACAUGAAUGACAUCUUUUCACUGCUUGCACAUUGAAAGCAUCUAUGUCGGCACCAAAUUCAGAUUUUAAGCAGUGAAUAGUACUUACUUUACUGUUCCCUAAUCUUGAUGGUAGCCUUGUCUGUAAAACCUUUUUGCAGAGUAGGAAGAUGUUACAGUUUCUAUAGUUGUGCAAAUUGAAGUUGCAAGUGAGUGCAGUUCUGGACAUUAUAAUGGUAGCCCUUAUUGUUCUAACUUUGAAAUGUAAGAAGUUAGGUGUUGUAAACUGAUUACAGGUGCUGCACAGAAUGGUUGAUAUUGUGUAGCAGUAAACCAUGUCGUUGCCAGUUAUUUUCAGGCUUG